CCCGCGUCCCGCAGAGCCGGCGCCAAGAUGGCGGCGCUGACGCCUGGAGAGCGGCCGUGCCUGAGGCCGCGGGGGCCGGAGCGGAGCCGUCGCGGCUGAGGUUCCCGAGCCGCCGCUCGAGGCCGCGCUCCACCGCCGGGACCCCGGCCUCUGGCCGUGCCGGCUCCGGCCUCCGGGGAGGCCGGGGCCGCCGGGACAUGGUGCGAGUCGCGCCGCUUCCCCGCCGCCGCUGAGCUUGCCGGCCGCACCCGGGCUGGGACGUCCGAGCGGGAAGAUGUUUUCCGCCCUGAAGAAGCUGGUGGGGUCGGAGCAGGCCCCGGGCCGGGACAAGAACAUUCCCGCCGGGCUGCAGUCCAUGAACCAGGCGUUACAGAGGCGCUUCGCCAAGGGGGUGCAGUACAACAUGAAAAUAGUGAUCCGGGGAGACAGGAACACAGGCAAGACGGCACUGUGGCACCGCCUGCAGGGCAGGCCGUUCGUGGAGGAGUACAUCCCCACGCAGGAGAUCCAGGUCACCAGCAUCCACUGGAGCUACAAGACCACGGAUGACAUCGUGAAAGUUGAAGUCUGGGACGUGGUGGACAAAGGAAAAUGUAAAAAGCGAGGCGAUGGCUUGAAGAUGGAGAACGACCCACAGGAGGCGGAGUCCGAAAUGGCUCUGGAUGCUGAGUUCCUGGACGUGUACAAGAACUGCAACGGGGUGGUCAUGAUGUUCGACAUCACCAAGCAGUGGACCUUCAAUUACAUUCUCCGGGAGCUUCCAAAAGUGCCCACCCACGUGCCGGUGUGCGUGCUGGGGAACUACCGGGACAUGGGCGAGCACCGAGUCAUCCUGCCAGACGACGUGCGUGACUUCAUUGACAACCUGGACAGCAGACCUCCAGGUUCCUCCUACUUCCGCUAUGCUGAGUCUUCCAUGAAGAACAGCUUUGGCCUAAAGUACCUUCAUAAGUUCUUCAACAUCCCCUUCUUGCAGCUUCAGGACUUCAUGAUUGCCCAGGAAAGGGGCUGUGCUCUCCUCCUGGUGUCAGAAGAAGUGGGGAUGCUGCAAAGGGAGACGCUGCUGCGGCAGCUGGAGACAAACCAGCUAGACAUGGACGCCACACUGGAGGAGCUGUCGGUGCAGCAGGAGACAGAGGACCAGAAUUACGGCAUCUUCCUGGAGAUGAUGGAGGCUCGCAGCCGCGGCCAUGCAUGCCCCCUGGCGGCCAACGGGCAGAGCCCGUCCUCGGGUUCCCAGUCACCAGUGAUAGCUCCAGGCACUGUGUCCACGGGGAGCUCCAGCCCCAGCACACCCCAGCCUGCCCCACAGCUACCCCUCACCACCACCCCGCCAGCCUCCGUGGCCCCUACGACGCCCUCAGAGGCCCUGCCCCUGCCUGCAUGCCCCUCAGCCCCCGCCCCACGGCGCAGCAUCAUCUCCCGGCUGUUUGGGACCUCACCUGCCGCUGAGGUCGCCCCACCUCCUGCAGCGUCACUGUUCACAGAGCCAGUCCCGGCCACAGAGGCCCCAGCAAAAGUCCAGAAUGUGGAGGACUUCAUUCCCGAGGACCACCUGGACCGCAGCUUCCUGGAAGACACGACCCCCGCCAGGGUCGAGAAGAAGGUUGGGGCCAAGGCUGCGCAGCAGGACAGCGACAGUGAUGCGGAGACUCUGGGUGGCAACCCGAUGGUGGCAGGGUUCCAGGACGAUGUGGACCUCGAAGACCAGCCACGUGGGAGUCCCCCGCCACCCACAGGCCCCGUCCCUAGUCAGAACAUCACUCUUUCAAGUGAGGAGGAAGCGGAAAUGGCACAUCCCCCAAAAGGCCCUGCGCAGGCUCCCCAGCAGUGCUCAGAGCCAGGAACCAAACGGUCCUCCACACCAACCUCAAAGCUGCAGAGGGGGACAGCUCCUGCAAGGGCCGCGGCACCCCCCUGGCCAGGCGGUGCCCCUGUUCACUCGGGUCUUGAGAAGCGCAGCAGCACCAGGCCCCCCGACGAGACGGAGACGGGGAAGGGCGAGCAGACAUCCUCGCCCGAGAGUGACCCCGAGGGGCCCAUUGCAGCACAAAUGCUGUCCUUCGUCAUGGACGACCCUGACUUCGAGAGUGAAGCGUCAGACACACAGCGUAGGGCGGAUGAGUUUCCCGUUCGAGAUGACCCCUCCGAUGUGAGUGACGAGGACGAGGCCUCACAGCCAGGCCUUGGCUGCCCGGCCCUGGCCCAGCCGCCCCCACCCCGCAAGCCUCCUCUCCCUGCCUUCAGACCGAAGAAUGACUCGGACCUCUUCGGGCUGGGGCUGGAAGAGGCCGGACCCAAGGAGAGCAGUGAGGAAGGUAAGGAGAGCAAAACCCCCUCCAAGGAGAAGAAGAAGAAGAAGAAGAAGAAAGGCAAAGAGGAGGAAGAAAAGGCUGCCAAGAAGAAGAGCAAACACAAGAGAAGCAAGGACAAGGAGGAGGGCAGGGAGGAGCCGCGGCGGCGAAGGCAGCGUCCCCCGCGCGGCCGGGAGAGGACAGCGGCCAACGAGCUGGAGGCUUUCCUGGGGGGCGGGGCCCCAGGCGGCCGCCACCCUGGGGGUGGUGACUAUGAGGAGCUCUAGGCCUGCUGGGGCGGUGGCUGCCUUGGGGCGGGGGCCAUGCCUGUCACUGCCUGGGGAGGCUUUUGCGGCUGCGCCAUCGCCUUUGCUGCUGCCUGGCAGCUGCCACGUGCACUUCUGAGCUGGAAGAGGCCGGGUGGCGGCAGCCCUGGCAUGAGCCUGCUCUGCAGGGAGGGAGGGGACAUCUGGCUUUGGCCAGGCUUGGUGGAUACCCUGGCCCUCUUGGGGCAGAGCUGCCAGUCCCCAGUGUUUCUCAGGGAUGUGACUGAGGCCCAGUAGGGACCCGUUAGGGUCUGUUUACAGAGGCUGGGCAGGGGCCGCUUGGCCUUGGGGUGCGCACUGCCCUGGCACCUGCUUACCCUCCACCCUGGCACCUGCUUGCCCUCCACACCCACCCAGGGCCACAGGGUGUCUGGCUGUGCCUCUGGCCGGGAGCCUUCAGCAUGGGUGUGUAGACCCACCAUGAAGGGCAGCCAGGCCCUGCACUGCGCAAGGCUGGCGAGACUGCAGCAGGUGAGGCCUCUCCUCGGGGAGGGGUGCUUCCCAGGCACCGUCUCCCCACAGCGGCCCCCACUGCACCCCGCUCAGGUGAGCCCAGACAGGAGCCGGGAGGCGCUCCUGCCACUGCACUCGGACCAUAAAGCACUCCUGUUUCACUC